AUGACAUCUUUAGAAACCGAGCCAUUGUUAAGACAUUCUUCUAUAAUCGAAAUAUCGGAUCGAACGUCAACAGAUUCAACAUUAAUAGACCCACCAGAAUUAGGAGAUCAAGACGAAACUUUGUUUGAAAAAAUUAAAGCCCUGAUGGCAAAAUUUUCAGAAUGGAUCGAUUUUUUAUCGAGAUUUAUACCUUUUGUUAAUCGAGAUAAAAAUAGGAGAGCAGCUUUUUCUAAAAUCCUAAGAGAUGAAUUCGAAAAAAAUAAAUUAAAGAUAUUUAUCGGUACAUGGAAUAUGCACGGAAAAUUACCACCGAAUGGUCUUUCACCUUUUAUUGAUUUUCCUCAUUAUACUGAAAGCGAUAUAAAGAAUAAAUUUUAUUUUAAAAAAAAUUCAAAACAUCCCUAUCAUAUCUUAGUUAUUGGUACUCAAGAAUGUCAACAUAAUAUUAAACACUCAGUCUUUUUCCCUUCAAAAGAAGAAUGGGAACAACGGUUAAAAAAUCAUUUGGGGGAUGAAUAUGUUUUGGUUAAAACUGAAACCAUGGCCGCUUUACAUUUGGCCGUAUUCGUAUGGGCUCGUUGUAAAGAUUGGGUAAAAGGUUAUCAACAUGAUGAAGUGCCAACCGGGUUGGCAAAUUUAUUUGGAAAUAAAGGUGGAAUUGGUAUUUCAUUAUUAUUUGGCAACACCUCUUUUUGUUUCAUAAAUAGUCACUUAGCUGCACAUCAAAGUAAAGUUAAAGAAAGAAAUCAUGAUGUGAAAAAAAUAAGUAAAGAAUUAAAAUUAAAAGGAUUUAAUGCCUCCGAUAAAGUUUUGCCAAAUGUUACGGAUAGGUUUGAUUAUACAUUUUGGUUUGGUGAUAUGAACUAUCGAGUUAACCUUUCAAGAGAACAUGUGGAACAUUUAAUUGCUGAAGAAAACAUUAUUGAGUUAUUAAAACAUGAUCAACUAACGAUUGAAUUAAAACAAUUUCCAUACUUUAAAAAUUUUCAUGAAGCUCCAAUAGAAUUUUAUCCAACAUUUAAAUUUGACACGCAUAAAUCAAGUCAAGAUCAACGAUCUCAAUCUGCUCCAGAGUUAAUUGAACCGAUCAUUGAGACAGAUAUAUUUCAUUAUGAUUCUUCUGUUAAACAACGUGUGCCAAGUUGGACCGACAGGAUUUUAUGGAAAUCCAAAUCAGAUAAGAAAAAAGUUAAGCUUUUGCUGGAUUCUCUGAUCACAGACCCGUUACUGGUUGUUUCUGGGUUGAUUUUGAUUGGAAUCAACCUUUGA